AUGUCGCCUUCCCCACAAAUCAGCAUCUCCGGCUGUGGUGUUAUCCAAGGAACACAGACAGAGACCCAGCCCUCGGUCACAAAGUUCCUCAACAUCCCCUAUGCCACCGUCCCUGAGCGUUGGCGUCCUGCUGUCAAGGCAACCCCCUGGACCGGUGUCCGUGAUGCUACCGUUCAGGGCCCAGUUUGCCACCAACCUUCAAGCGAGAACCCAUUGGUGAGCAUGAACGCGAGCGCUGCCGACGAGGACGACGAAGUCGAGUAUUCCAAGGUCUAUAGCGAGGAGCACUGCCUCAACCUCAACGUCUUUGCCCCCCACGACAGGUUGAACAACAAGUUCAAGCCAUUGAUCCCUGUCAUGGUCUGGAUCCACGGAGGCGGAUACAAGGACGGCAGCAACGGUAUGAGUCUCUACGAUGCCACCAACAUGGUCGCCCAUUCUGUCAAGGGUAUUGGUCGCCCUGUGAUUGUCGUUACUAUCAACUACCGUCUCAACUACUUUGGGUUCCUCUCGUCGAUCGAGUUGGUCCAGGAUGUUCAAUCGGACAAGCGUCUCUCGGACAGGAAUGGCGAAAAGUCUGUUGGUAACUGGGGUCUUUUGGACCAGAAGAUCGCCCUGGAAUGGGUCCGAGAUCACAUCGAGGCUUUUGGAGGCAAUCCCAAGGAUGUGACCGUGUUUGGAGAGUCUGCCGGAGCGGCAUCGAUCGCAUACCAUCUCGCCAUCCCAACCCAUCAUGGUCUCUUCCAACGGGCGAUCCUUCAGUCGGGAGCUGCAACGACCAUGAUUGCUGGACGACCUGAUAUGGAGGGUCAACGCUAUUUCAACCACCUCUGUCAACACUUCAAGCUGAACGACUCUGGACUGACAGAAGCACAAAAGAUUGAGGAAUUAAGAAAGGUCUCUGCCAAGGAUCUCGUUAAGGCCGCCAACAACGGCAAGGUCGGCAUGUUUAUCCCGACCAUCGACAAUGUCCUUAUUCACAGCGACCCCCGUGGGUGGGUUCACGACGGCGCACGCUACGACCCCAACGUCAAGGCUGUGAUGCUAGGAGACUGCCGUGAUGAAGGGCGGAUGUUUGUGCCGACAUUGGGAGCCAAGAACCUGAAGCGGUGGCCUCGGUUCUUUGCAAGGAACUGCCCUCCAGGUCAGGAGAAGGAAUUUGAGGCCAUCUAUGGAACCCCCAAGACAGAUGCAGAGGCUGCAAGCAUCUCGGCGAUUGUGCUGAGCGACUCGGUGUUCUUGUAUCCCAUCCAUGCGACCAGUCGUGCCCUGUUGGCUAGUCAGCCUCAGUUGGAGAUGUCUCGUUACCAUUUCGAUCACCCCUUGCAGGUUGUUGAGGAGAUGGAGUUGGGAUUGGGCGCUCACCAUGCUGCCGAGCUGCCGUUUAUCUUUGGAUCAGACACCUACCAAGAGCUAUUUUCGGACGCCGAGAAGGAGCUGUCGUUCAGAGUGAUGGAGGUAUGGAUCUUAUUUGCUUGGGGUGAGACGAGUCGUCAGCAUGGACUUAAACAUGGUCAGGACUCGUUGCUGCCCUCGGACGUUGGCGUAGGAGGACAGAGGAAGGAGGCUGUUGUGUUUACGGAAGAGUGUACGGUUGAGAAGAAGCUUGUCGAGCGAUUGGAUGCUAGGACGUUGGCGUUCUGGAGGCAGAGCGAGUUAUGGCUGAAGGCUAAACGCGAGGAACAGUAUAAGCAGCGCCAGAGCAGCCAGGGCCAGGCUAAACUCUAG